AAUUGGACAGUCCUCGUCAAUUCAAAAGCCUCUUGCAUAUUCUCCUUCCAUUUUUAUUCUUCUUCUUCUGCCUUUUGUAUUCUUCACAAAAUCCCUCCUUUUUCCUAUUUCAACCCCCCCACCUUCAACUCCUUCGUCAGCUUCGCCUCCUUUCAAACUCUUUCUCUAUCUCUCUCUACCUCGUCUGGUUUGUUUGGAGCCCACCCAGAGAUGAUUUCCUCUCUGAAAUCUGUUUCCCUUAUAAACCCUAAACUCUGCCUUGCCUCAAUGCCUUUGAGCAAGGCUCCGGAUUCUCUCAAGUUCCAUCCUUUGCUCAGAACUCCCAAUUCCACGCUCUGUGCUGUCCCUAGCGGUCUUUUCCCAAAUGGUUUUCUCACGCUCAAUCGCCGUACUCCUUUAAUUCUCGCUUUUGCAGCUGCGGGGGAUGACUCGCAGAAAGAUAUUGAAGUGGAUGACGGAAGGGAGGAGCUUGAAAUGGGAUCUCAAGAAUCACAAGAAGCGUGGAAGCAAGCUCUGGAUACCUUUAGAGAACAAGCGAAAAAGGUUCAAGGUAUUUCUCAAGAAGCAUAUGAAGAGUACUCAAAGAAAGCAAUUAUCAUUUUGAAAGAUACUUCAGAACAGUUGAAGGUACAAGCAGAUAAGGCAAGGCAUGACUUGACUGUGGCUGCAAAAGAAAUUGGUGAAGAAGGCAAAGGGUACAUUACCACAGCUGCUGAAAAAUCUCCUGAAGUGAAGGAGAUUGUUGAAACAUUUACCUCCCCAACCGAUGAUCUCAGUCAUCUCUCUGGAGUGCGAGACUUCUAUGUUGGUAUACCAUAUGGUUUAUUACUCUCUAUUGUAGGCUUCCUUUCCUUUAUGUUUACAGGAAGCCUUGCAGCUGUUAGGUUUGGGAUGAUUUUAGGUGGUCUUCACACGUUUUUAAGCAUUUCAAGUCUAAGAGCAUACAAAAGAGGAGAAUUUUCUCCCAGAGCUUUGAAUGGCCAAGCUGCAAUAGCCACCAUAUUAUUCAUGCGGGAGAUAAUCUUACUAGGCAAGGGGUGUCCUGUAACUCGGUUCACUGCUUUGAUCAGCGGCGCAGUGGCGGCAUUUUAUGUCUAUAGAUUGGUAGUGGAACGUAAACCACUCAAGGACUCAAACUUGGAAACUGGAAAAGGAGAUUAGUUUAAUGACAUAAGGUUAGAAUUUUGAUGUUUGUUGUAAUUCACAAUGCAAAGAUGUCUCUUACACAUCAGAUCUCUUUUAUAGUGUCGGCGUUACUACUUUAAUUUUCAUUUGCCACUAAGAGGCAGAGGAUCUGCUUGAAAAAUCUUAGGGUAAAUUUCUUUUUUGGCCAAAAGAGAAGUUCUGGGCUUCUUGCCUUAUGGGGAGUAAAUUUUUAUGUUUGUUUAUAGUUUGAUUUGUUGAAGAAUCUUGAUCGAAUUUAAUAAGUGGUUUCAUGUAGUAUUGUGAUUUGAAGUGGGCAAUUUUUU